AAAGACAGUAGAGUGUCAAUAAGGAGAAAGAUGCAUGAUGAGACUGCAAGUGACAUCAUCGAUUUCUUUCCAAAAAGCUUUGGCUAGAUCAGAGUGUAAGAGAGAUGGAGGUUUUAAAAAUAAUUGGAGCUUUGAUCAUGGAGAAGAAAGUGAAGGAGAUACAGAUAAAGAUGGGGCAAAUCUACUAAGUGUAGAUGAAGACGAGGAUUCUGAGACCUCAAAAGGAAAAAAGUUGAAUCGUCGAUCUGAAAUUGUUACUAGUUCUGGUGAUUUAAUCUUGAAAACAUAUGUAAGACGAAACAAGACUGAAAGCUUGAAAACUUUUAAAGGGAACCCAAUUGGACUUAACAUGUUGAGCAACAAUAAAAAAUUGAGUGAAAAUACACAAAAUGCACCAUUAUGUUCUGGAACUGUAGUUCAUGGUAGACGUUUUCAUCAUGCUAAUGCACAGAUAUCAUUGGUAAAAACAGCAGCCCAAAGCAAUCUGGACCGAAAAGAAAGGAAAGAAUACCCACCCCAUGUCCAGAAAGUUGACAUUGAUCCCGUAAGGUUAAGUCGGCCCCACAGUGUUGAACAUAUAAUGAAGAAAUCAGAUGAAUCUGAAUCACAAUCAGAACCCGAAAUUAAGAGAAAAGUACAACAGAAACGUCAUUGCAGUACUUACCAGUCUUUGCCUACUCUGCCUCCUGCUUCAAAAAAAUGCUUAACGCAUUUAGAGGUCUCUGAGCAACGUGAAUAUUGUCCAAAAUGUGGAAAAGAAAAGGAGAAUCAGACCAAAUGCCAAAGUUGUGGUAUUGUUUUUUCCAAGGAUUUACAAAGAAACUGCAGACAAGCCAUGACUUUGAAUGAAUCCCCUGGACCAUUAUUAAGGACGUCAAUUCAUCAGAAUUCUGGAGGACAGAAGUCACAGAAUACAGGAUUAAUCAAGAAGUUUUAUGGCAACAGCAUAGGAAAGGUUCCAAUUGAUAUUAUUGUGAAUUGUGAUGAUAGUAGACAGAAUUAUUUGCAGACUAAUGGGAAAGUCAUUUUACCUGGGGCAAAAAUAACCAAAAUUGCAAACAUGAAAGAAAGGAAAGCAAGCCUUUCACAUCUAAAUGAUCCAAUCAUUUUGUCCAGUGAUGAUGAUGACGACAGUGACAGAACUAAUAGAAGAGGGAGCAUAUCUCCUCAACCGGCUGAUUCAGCAUGUUCUUCCCCAGCGCCAUCCACUGGAAAAGUAGAAGCAGCACUUAAUGAAAAUACAUGUAGAGUAGAGCGUGAACUAAGAAGCAUUCCAGCAGAGUCAGAGUUAAAUACCGUUACAUUACCAAGAAAAGCAAGAAUGAAAGACCAGUUUGGCAAUUCUAUUAUCAACACACCUCUAAAACGUCGUAAAAUUGUUUCUCAAGAAACCAUAGUCGAUCCUUUGUCCUUAAACUGCCAGAGUUCCUGUGCUAAUAUCAUUUUACACUGUCGAAGUAUACGAGUAGGAACACUUUUCCAGCUGUUAGUACAUCCUGUAAUUUUUUCUUUAGAUUAUAUCAAGAUACAGCUAGAAGAACUGGAAGGUGAUCCUGUAGCAAUUACUUUAGAUACCUCUGAUUUAACUAAAUGUGAAUGGUGUAAUGUCCGAAAAUUACCAGUAGUGUUUCUAAAAACAAUACCAGCAAUUUAUCAAAAGUUGAGUAUGCAGCUGCAAAUGAAUAAGGAAGAUAAAGUUUGGAAUGAGUGUAAAGGAAUAAAUAAGAUAACAAAUCUAGAAGAACAAUAUAUUAUUUUAAUUUUUCAAACUGGCCUUGAUCUUCAGACAAAUAUGGUGUUUGAAAGUAUCAUUACUGACAUUGGUAUAAAGAAUAAUGUUGCCAAUUUUUUUUCCAAAAUUCCCUUUGAAGAAGCCAAUAGCAGACUUGUUGCCUGUACAAGAACCUAUGAAGAAAGUAUCAAAGGAAGCUGUGUGCAAAAAGAGAACAAAAUAAAAAAUGUGUCCUUUGAAUCUAAAAUACAACUUCGAAGCAAACAAGAAUUCCAAUUUUUUGAUGAUGAUGAAGAAACUGGAGAGAGCCAUACCAUCUUUAUUGGUCCUGUAGAAAAACUUAUUGUAUAUCCACCACCUCCAGCUAAAGGAGGAAUUUCUGUUACUAAUGAGGACCUGCACUGUCUAAAUGAAGGGGAAUUUUUAAAUGAUGUUAUUAUUGACUUUUAUUUAAAAUAUUUGGUGCUUGAAAAAUUGAAGAAAGAGGAAGCCGACCGAAUUCAUAUAUUCAGUUCUUUUUUUUAUAAACGCCUUAAUCAGCGAGAGAGGAGAAACCUUCAUGAAACAACCAAUCUGUCAAUACAGCAAAAGCGACAUGGUAGAGUAAAAACCUGGACCCGACAUGUAGAUAUUUUUGAGAAGGAUUUUAUAUUUGUACCCCUUAAUGAAGCUGCACAUUGGUUUUUGGCUGUUGUUUGUUUCCCUGGUUUGGAAAAACCAAAAUAUGAACCUAAUCCUCAUUACCACGAAAAUACAGUCAUACAAAAAAGUUCAACUGUAGAGGACAGUUGUAUUUCUUCUCCUUCAGCCUAUGAAAUGGACAGUUGUUCUUCACAAAACUCUUCUGCCAAACCUGUAAUUAAGAAGAUUCUAAACAGAAAGCAUUGUAUAGCUUUACUUGAUUCAAAUGCUGUACGGGAAGAAAGUGACCCUCGUUGUAGGAGAAAUAUAUGCAAUGUGAAAUGUAGUAUGAAAAAAAUUAAUCAUACUUCAAGUGAAAGUGAAGAAUCAAAUAAAGGAGAGUCUGCUUGCCACAAAGCUGUUGAUAGGACUAAAAGUGAGAAUGGCCUACAGGAUGAAUAUUUAAGUUCUCCACACCAUACAGAUGGAUUAAGCAAAAUCAGGCUAAACUAUAGUGAUGAAUCAUCUGAAGGUGGUAAAGUGCUUGAGGAUGAACUCAUUGACUUCUCCGAAGAUCAGGAUAACCAGGAUGAUAGCAGUGAUGAUGGAUUCCUUGCUGAUGAUAAUUGCAACUCAGAAAUAGGACAGUGGCAUUUAAAGCCUACAAUCUGUAAACAGCCUUGUAUCUUGCUUAUGGAUUCUCUCAGAGGCCCUUCUCGCUCAAAUGUUGUAAAAAUUCUAAGAGAAUAUCUAGAGGUGGAAUGGGAAGUUAAGAAAGGAAGUAAAAGGAGUUUUUCCAAAGAUGUUAUGAAAGGCUCAAAUCCAAAAGUACCACAGCAAAACAACUUCAGUGAUUGUGGUGUGUAUGUUUUGCAGUAUGUAGAAAGUUUUUUUGAGAAUCCAGUUCUCAAUUUUGAACUACCUAUGAAUUUGACAAACUGGUUUCCUCCUCCAAGAAUGCGGACAAAAAGAGAGGAAAUCCGCAACAUAAUUCUGAAGCUGCAGGAAGAUCAGUGCAAAGAGAAAAAGAAGCAUGACGACACGUAUUCAAUAGAAACGCCUUUAGGUGAAGGAACAGAACAAUACGUCAACAGUAUCCCAGACUGACCAUUUCUGUGGCUGUCAGUUCUGCCUCCAGAAACUAAAUGACAUUGACCUUUGUCUAUACAGUAAAAAAACCGAACUGUCCACUACUCAGAGUGAUUUGGAAAUUUCAGUGCUUGUAUAAAUGUCAUAUAAUUAAUUUUCAAUGGAGUAUGUAUUAAGUAAAUGUCUGUAAAUAUGUUAAUGAGGCCAAAUUUUCCAGCAUUUCUAAUUAUUUUUUUCACACGUUAGGAAGCUUUUGUUAUGUAUUUUCUGUUAAUAGAACUUAAACCUACAACUUCUAAACAAAAUAAAUAAAAUGAAAAUAUUUAUAGGAGGAAAUGGUUAACUUGAUAUUCUUUAGUAACUUGUAUUAAAUUCCUCACUGGGUGUGAUAUAUUUCAUAGGAAUAUUUAAGUAUCUGUGAUAAAUUUUUGACUUUAUACAUUUGUUUUGAAUUGAAAUAUAAGAAUAAGAUUAAGACAUUUUGAACUAAAAAGAAAGACAUCCUCAUGCUUAUGUUGCAUAAAAAGCAUCUUUUUAAUUAAUACACUCCUGUAUGCCCAGAAGCCCGAGAAAUGUUAAUAUUUAUAGUUUUAAACUGAUAUUUAUGAAGAAGCAGUAUUAAGAGCAAUUCAAAUUAAAGUUACUUUGAAUAAUAUUAUUAAAAAUGAAAUAAACUUUCUCAUACAUUAUUGUAAAA